AAACGGCGAAGAAAAGACGGCGUCGCGCGCAUCUCAUUCCACUCUGUCCGCGACACAAGAAAAUCAAGAUGGCGCUCCUCUGUUUGCGGAUACCUUUGCGGUGGAUAUAAAUACGUUCUGAAAAAAAGAGUGUGUUUGGGGGGAAGUUCGCUAAGGAGAAGAUAAAAUCGUGUCGUACGUCGAGAGGCCGCCUGUUCGUCGUCGUCGAGUGGUUCACGUUAUUUUAAACGUCGAUCGAAAGAAAGAAAAAAAUCGUAGAAAGACGGAGGAGGAGAGAAGGCUAGGAAGGCGAAAGAGAAUCGUCAUCGAGAAUCGUCGUCCUUCCUCUCCUCUCCGUCGUUGUUUUUGUUAUCAUCGUCGUCGUCGUCGUCGUCGUCGUCGUUGUGGUUGUCGUUGUCGUUCUCGUCGUCGUCGUCGUCGUCGUUGUUGUUGUUGUUAUCGUUGUCUACGUUGUUCGUAUUCGUUGUCGUCGUCGCAAUAGUCAGCUACAGCGGCGCCGGUGCUGCCGACAAUAUCGUCGCGGCACUUUGGGGAAGAGAGAUCGAAGGUGUGCGUUCACUGCGGCGGCCACCUGAGGAAUGUUGGCGGAUCGGCGUUUUCGAGUCGUUCGUCGUCGGAGAGUUGGAAACUAAUCGUUGAACGUUUGAAAUAAUUCGAAGGAAGGACGGAGGAAAGUAAGGAGAGAAAAGCGUGCGCGUAAUUGGCGCUAUAGGUUACGACGGUGGUCUGUCCUAUACGAGAGCGUAUAGGGACGUUUUGGUAGGAGAAGAGAGAGAGAGAGAGAGAGAGAGAGAAAGAAAGAAAGAAAGAAAAUAAGCGAGAGGGGAGGGAGAAGAGCAGAAACUCGAGUAAAGACAAAACGGAGACGAAGAGGGUGAGAAAGAGCGUGAGAGGAGAGAGAGAGAGAGAGAGAGAGAAGGUCGUGGAGCGAACGAGCGAGAGGGAGAGAUAGAAAAAAAGAGAGAGAGUGCGAGAGAGCUCGGGGGAGGGGGACUCUAAGCGCGGAAGGUGCUCGUUCGCGGAUCUUCCGUGACGUAUGUGUGUCGCGGAGGGUUGGCUGAGAGGUCCGUCGCCGCGAGUCGUGUCGCCGCGAGUGCCGUCGUCGUCGCGGCGCGAGUGCGGUUCCCGGUUUCGUCGAUGCGCCGCUGCAGCCCGUUGUUCCUGCAUCACCACGAAACGGACGACGAGCAGCUCGGCUUCGUUCGCGGCAACAACAGGAGGAGAAGAAAUUAGUCCGCCGGCUCUGGCGGAGGUUCGUGUUCGCCGGCAGCGGUGGGGCAAGGAGGCGCCGGAAGCAGCCGCGAGUCCGGAAGCAUAGCGAAGAAGAUGGCCUUCAACGAGUUGGCGUUGCAUUCGUUUCUCAUGCGAAUCAAAUGAUCGGGAUUUCGAAGGACAAAGUAAGACAUGCGUCGAGAAAGGACGACGAUAAGGAUCAAUUGGAUCGUAAUUAUCGGCAAGAAUAUCAGCAAAUUCAACAAUAUCGAGGGAAGGAAAUAGCGACUUAACCAUCGUCAUUUUUCCUUCCUUCCAUCCGUAUCUAUACCAUUCAUUCCCUUCUUUUUCAUCACGUUGAAUGAAGGAAGAGAUUGGAAGACGAGAAAAAAAUCGUGCUUGAAGAAAAAACAAAGAAAAAUAGAAAGAAAAAAAGAAAGAAGGCAAUAGAAGAAAGAAAAUAUGAGAAACGGCGGUCAACCGCAACAGACGGCAGUAAUGGCGCCACCACAUUUGAACGGUUCGGCGCAAUUUAUAUCCGGCGGUUACGUCGGUUAUCUUCCUCGACAAUCCUGGGGCCAGUUUCAACCCUCUCAACAACAACAGCAACAGCAACAUCCGAGAAACGGAGGAAGACCUUUGUCGCAUCCACCACCACCUCCACCACCCUCUAGAAGAGAGAGCCAAAGAGCCUGCGGCAAUGGUCCUGCCAAUACGAAGAACUCUAAUCCGCAUUCUAGGGGCGGAACGCAUCGCAGUACCACCCCUUCGAAGGUGGACCCCGAGUUGAUAUUUACGAAACAAGAACGCAUUGGUAAGGGUAGCUUCGGUGAGGUUUUCAAAGGUAUCGACAAUAGAACACAACAAGUCGUUGCCAUUAAAAUCAUCGAUCUCGAAGAGGCGGAAGAUGAGAUCGAGGAUAUUCAACAGGAAAUUAUGGUCCUGUCGCAGUGCGACAGUCCAUACGUCACCAAGUACUAUGGGUCUUACCUCAAGGGUACGAAACUAUGGAUUAUCAUGGAGUACUUGGGUGGCGGUUCGGCUCUCGACUUGAUGAAGGCCGGCAGCUUCGAAGAAAUGCACAUUGCGGUAAUAUUGCGCGAGGUACUAAAAGGACUGGAUUAUCUUCACAGCGAACGUAAGCUUCAUCGUGACAUAAAAGCGGCGAACGUUUUGCUGAGCGAAAUGGGCGACGUGAAAUUGGCGGAUUUUGGUGUUGCUGGCCAACUUACUAAUACUACGAGCAAACGUAACACUUUCGUCGGUACUCCUUUUUGGAUGGCACCAGAAGUUAUCAAACAAUCUGCUUAUGAUUCUAAAGCUGACAUUUGGUCCCUCGGCAUUACGGCGAUCGAACUGGCGAAAGGAGAGCCUCCUAAUAGCGAGCUACAUCCCAUGAGGGUCCUUUUCCUCAUACCGAAGAACAAUCCACCUCAGUUAACUGGGAAUUACACGAAACAGUUCAAAGAGUUCGUCGAGGCGUGCUUAAAUAAGGAUCCCGAGAACAGGCCGACGGCGAAGGAGCUUUUAAAGUUCCAGUUUAUAAGGAAAGCGAAGAAGAACUCGUACUUGAUCGACCUGAUCGACAGGUACAAGAAGUGGAAGUCACAACGGAGCGAAGAGUCCGAGACGGAGAGCGAGAAUUCAGACUCGGAGGAAUCUAAGCAAGAUAGCGAUAUGGACGAGCCAUGGAUAAUGACGGUGAAGGGUCCACACGGAGUUAAAGGAUCCGUAGUACCUAUGUUGCCACUGGACGAGCAACCUACCUCGUUGACCGUGACUCACACACUGAAUCAUAGGUCUUCGAACCAUAAUCAACAAACGAAACCUCACGCGAAUGGGGCUUCGCGAUCGCCACCUAAGGAAUCGACGUUGAAUCAUUACAGAAGUGAUUCCAGAGACUCCUUACGUGACGGACAAAGCAAGCACACAACGCCGUUGCGACCUCACGAAGCUGCACCACCGCCACCGAUCGACACGCGAGAGAAGAGAGACGAACGAGACUUUCGCGAUUCCAGCAGAGAAUCAACUCUGAGGGAGCCAAAAGAAUUACGUGAUAGCAGGGAAAGGGAUAGGGAUGGAAGAGACAGGGAACGGGAUAGGGAAGGUAGAGAAAGAGGGGACGUUGCUACGAGAGAUAAGAGAAACAGUAAACCGGACGUACCAGUGGUACCAAUGGUCGACCAUAGAUCUGCCGAGGACAAGCAGCAACGACCAAGGAGUUCGCAAGAACUUAAAAACCCAAGAAGUGCUGCUCUCUCGGCCGUCGUCUUGCCACUUCUAUCAGAGCUUCAACGAAAGCACCAGUAUUCCACGCGAGACAAUAACGGCGAAGGUGGAAGUGGCGUUGGAAAGAAUGGUGGCGCGAUAGAAGAACUACGUGGUGCCUUUGAAAUGGCUGAACGUACGUCUCCAGGAAUGACCGAAGCUCUUAUCAGGGAACUUCUUAAAUCGUUGCUUCCGGCCAAUCACUCGGAGGGUCGUCUUUCCAUGCUAAUGGAGAAAGUUAUUUUGAGGGAUACGUAGGGACGCGAGAGGUCGAAGGUUCGCAAGAGAUUGUGGUCCGAAAAUGUCCUGACAUUAUAAUCGUUCGUUACUUCUCUAUUAUCAAGCUUAUUUAUCACUCCGAGCCAGCUCAUCGUUAAACGCCAUUUCCGAACUUGAAGAAAAGCUAUAACAGGAACGAGGAUCGUCGUGAAUAAUAUACGAGUAUGCGUUUACUUCUCUUUAAACCUUUAACAGCCGAAUUACAACGAAAUCUAUCGAACCUUUAUCUAAACGAAUUAGUCUAAAAAAGAA